CGACUCAUCAGCAUCUCAUUAAAUAGACGGUGACAGUCGGCUGCGGGGCGACGGAGACUAAUUGGGGGUAUCGCUUCGGUUUAGGGGUGUGACCGUGACUGGGGUCGCCAGACUGCACCCUCCUCAACUUGGGGUGAAAGAAUGAGCAGGUUAACGGUUUCUGUUCCAAAGGACUACUUUCUGUAUCUUGGCACAGGUGCGAUGGCCCGAACGGUCUCUUCCUCUGGUGCAUCAUUUUGUUGUGGAAGAUAAACUAAUUGAAGAUUGAGGAAAAGACCCAAGCCGUGAUUAUACGAUAAUCAUCGAUUAAUCGGUUAAACAUCGAUUUAUAUGAAUGUUCGGAAUUUACUGAGGUGGAAUUACAUUUAAGGGACAAGGUUGAAAGAAAAGGACAAAAAUGUGGAUUUUCCUAGGAAUUGCUACUUUUACUUAUGUGUAUAAGAAGUGCGACGACUUGUUGGACGCGAGCUACGCGAACAAGGAGGUGCUGGGGGCUUUGCUGCUAUUUUUCUCCUUAGGGUUACUGCUGUCCUGUCGUUGUCGAUAUAGACAAAGGAAGGGUCAAAAACAGCCUUCCAACCUGGGCUUCCUCUACCAGCUUCUCUCAUUCCUGCCCCUGGCAAGCUCCUUCAAUGGGUCUGCAGACUCUGACAGCACGGAGCAGGACCAAGCCAGGCAGCACAAGAAAACAAAUAUCACUUCCUCUGAGUCUGCUACGAACAUCAGGACGACUUCCCAAUGUGAUCCUGACAUCAUCAUUGUGGGGUCUGGGGUACUUGGUUCUGCCAUGGCCUCUGUACUUGCAAGGGCCGGGAGGAAUGUGACGGUGAUUGAGAGAGACCUGAAGGAACCGGACAGGAUUGUUGGAGAGUUGUUACAGCCCGGUGGAUAUCGGGCCUUGAGAGCACUUGGUCUUGAAGCUGCUGUUGAAGGUCUUGAUGCAUGUGCCGUAAAUGGUUAUAUCAUCCAUGACCUGGAGAGUCGGACAAAGGUGGAAAUCCCUUACCCUGUGGAUGAGGAUGGUCGGGUGAAGUGUGGCACUGCAUUUCACCAUGGCCGUUUCAUAAUGGGUCUAAGGAAGCUAGCAAGGGCAGAACCUAACGUAAGGUUCAUUGAAGGAACAGUGAUGCAUUUACUGGAAGAAGAUGGUAGAGUUACUGGCGUACAGUACAGAGAAAAAGGAAGUGGAGAUGUAAAGGAACUGUGCUCCCCUUUGACUGUGGUUGCUGAUGGCCAUUUCUCUAAAUUCAGGAAAAAUCUGGUGAAGACCAAAAUCAGUGUUUCAUCUCAUUUUGUUGGCUGUAUAAUGAAGGACAUGCCACAAUUCAAACCUAACCACGCAGAACUUGUCCUUGCUGAUCCUAGCCCUAUUCUUGUCUACCAAAUUUCAUCCAAUGAAACGCGAGUGCUUGUGGACAUCAGAGGGGAAAUGCCAAGACAUCUUAAAGAUUACAUGAUUGAGAAAAUCUAUCCACAGCUUCCAGAGCAUAUAAAAGAACCAUUCCUACAUGCAGUUCAGAAUGAUCGUCUACGGACCAUGCCUGCAAGCUUUCUCCCUCCAUCACCAGUAAACAAGCCAGGUGUGCUGCUUUUGGGAGAUGCGUACAAUAUGCGUCACCCUCUGACAGGAGGUGGGAUGAGUGUUGUACUCAAUGAUGUGAGGAUAUGGAAUUGUCUGCUGCAGAGCAUCCCUGACCUCCACGAUAAUGAUGCCAUGCUGCAGGCCAAGAAGAAGUUUCACUGGGCAAGGAAAAAAUCCCACUCUUUUGUGGUGAACAUUCUGGCCCAAGCUCUGUAUGAACUUUUCGCUGCUACUGAUGAUUCAUUACAUCAGCUGCGGAAGGCCUGUUUUCAUUACUUCAAAUUGGGAGGGCAGUGUGUCGCAGGUCCAGUGGGUCUGCUCUCUGUGCUUUCUCCUGAACCAAUGACUCUGAUUGGACAUUUCUUCGCAGUUGCAUUCUAUGCUAUAUAUUUCUCAUUCAAGGAAGAACCUUGGUACCUGAAACCACGAGCCCUGUUGAAGGGUGCUCUUAUUGUCUAUCGUGCCUGCUUGGUUAUCUUUCCCCUUAUUUAUUCUGAAAUAAAGUAUCUUGUUUACUGAAUCACUGUUGGAAAUGAUAAAAAAAAACACGGUCAUGUAGAGCCUUGGAAAUUUUAAUAUUUACCACCCUUGUUACAUUCUAAAUAAUGGAUGCAUAAUGCUGUCGAAAGAUUCUCUAAGACCAUUUGUGAAGCACAACUGUUCACCUUUUAUCUUGUGAACUUGUGAUGCAAGCGUGUAAUUGUAAUCCACUUAAUGCCCAUUUGCGGACCACCCAUGAAGCGACUUGACCUUCGGUACACUGUUAAUAUAGCGCUGAUUAUGGCUGAUGGUACGGGGAAGUCUCUGUUAUUGAUGAAGUGCUUCAUUCUUUUAUUGUUUAUCCUCAAUGAAUUACUCCUUUUCUUAAAAAAAAUCCAGUCAAUUGAUUUCCACAGAAAAGCCAUCUCCAACUUGCAUUGUGUAUUUUAUCUAGAUAUAUACCUAAUCAUUUGUUGUUGCCCUCAUCCUCGGAGCUACAGGCACCUUGUGACGAAAAGUACUUUAUUGGAAAUCAAGCCAUACAGUACUGGUGCAAAAGUCUUGGGCACAUGUAUAUAACUAGGAUGCCUAGGAUUGUUGCACAGUACUGUGUUUGUCCUCAUGGAGCAGAGUGAGUUUGUAAAUCUGGCAGGAGUAAUGGAUGUUGGGAAUGGUGAGCACUGUGGGAGGUGUGUGGGACUGGUGGCAGAGGAGUGCUAGAGAUGGGGUUGCAGACACACCCUGUCCUGAGACACUGGGCAAGGUCAUUUGAUUCUAAACAAUUGGUUUGUUGAUCAUUACAGCAUGUCUCUUGGGUGCUUCUUGCUCCCUCUUCUCUCCGUUCCCCUUUCCCCAACAAUGAUGACCCUCUCCCUGACCACCCCCUCUCAAUCCACAAUAGAGACCUAUAUCAGAAGGAAAUGUCAAGUUCAAGCAGGUUUGCUUUAUCCAAUUACAUUUGGGUAAUAUUUGGAAGUACUGGAAUUGGGAUUUUAAUUAUUCUGUUCCUGUGAAACCAUUUUGACAACUAAUUACUUACUCAAAUUGUAUUUCAGAAAAUAAUUGAUGGCAAUGUAAUCUUAUUUUUAAGAGAGCCAAGAAUAAUACCA